AUGAAUGACAUGGUGCCGUCACCAGCCAUCGCUUCCGACGUAGCGCGUUCUGUGCAGCAAUGGUUCGAGAGCAACUCGCAAUGCCAGAAGAAAGUUCUCCCCUCAGAGUGGACGGUCCUCGCAGGCAUCGUAUUGUGCUCCCCAUUUUCAGAGCCCAACGAUAAACUCCGCGUUCUAGCAGUAGCUACGGGCAACAAAUGCCUCGGUCGACGCGACCUGAACGCCGAUGGCCUCGUAGUCAACGAUUGCCACGCUGAAGUGCUGGCCAGACGAGCGCUCCUCCGCUAUUUGUACGCCGAGGCGCUCUCUUGGCAGGAAAACGGGCUGGAGCUAAGUGAGCAUUCGAUCUUCGAGCGACAUUCAACGUCGCGUCGUCUAGUACUUAAGCCACAGCAUUCGCUGCAUCUCUUCAUCAGCGAAGCGCCCUGUGGCGACGCCGCCAUCUACGAACUGCGUCACGAUGUUGUCGAUGAAUUAGUGCAUCAACGCGAAGCCAAGACUGGACAGGCGGGUCAGAGAGAGCGGAGUGCGUUACGUCUGACAGGAGCCAAAGCGCACAGCAAGCGACCGAGAGAUCAAGACACUGAUGACUUGCAGCCAGACAAGAAAUUCGCACAAGCAGUUGGCAUUGCGCGUGUGAAGUCUGGACGAUCCGAUCUACCGCUGGAGAAGCAGACGUUGUCCAUGAGUUGCUCUGAUAAACUGGCCAAGUGGAACGCACUAGGACUGCAAGGCUCGCUGCUGUUGCAGUGGAAGCACUGUCAGUGA